ACGCACAUAGUGUAGUGUUACGUCGUGGCAAUAGUGGUUUAUUGAGUCUUCCCUACAAUUUGAGUGCCUUACAAAUUCUUUCUAGAUCACAUAUUAUAGACCUUAGACCCAAAAAACCUCUUGCCAAUGCCAAAUUUCUCAACAGGUCUAGUCAGGUCAUUUAUGCCGCUAGCAAACAGGAUGCCGGAUACCCUUUUAACACAAAAUGAAAAUAGACGUUCAGCUAAUUACCAGUCUAAUCUUUGGACUCAUGAAUUUCUUCAGUCUCUGGGAAAGCAUCUUGCGGUUGAAACACUGCAAGAGAGAGCAACAAAGCUUCAGGAGAAGGUACGACUUAAGAUUAAUAGAACGGACAUGGAGCCACGAAGCUUACUUGAAUUCAUUGACGACGUUCAAGUUCAACGGUUGGGACUGUCUUACAAGUUCGAAGAGGAUAUAAACAGAGCCCUUCACAGGAUUGUUUCAACAGAAAACUUCAAGGACCAAACACACAAAAGUCUGCAUGAAACUGCUCUCUUUUUUCGAAUUCUUAGACAACAUGGCUUUCAUGUCUCCCAAGAUGUGUUUAAGAGUUUCCAAGAUGAAGAGGGAAAAUUCAAGGCUGACGUUAGCGAAGAUGUGCAAGGAUUACUAAGUCUCUAUGAAGCAUCUUACUUGGCUUUUGAAGAAGAAAGUCUCUGGGAGGAGGCAAAUGCAUUUUCAAGAACACAUCUCAUGAACUUAAUGAAAGAGGGGAUAGAGGGGGAAUUGGGACAACAAGUUAGGCACGUGUUGGAGGGGCUUCCCUAUCACCAAAGCCUGCACAGACUAGAGGCACGGUGGUAUAUCGACACCUGGGAUAAAAAGGAAUCCCAUAAUCACGAUUUGUUAGAGCUUGCCAAACUUGAUUUCAACACUAUCCAGUCAUUAAAUCAAAAAGAGCUCCAAGAAAUGUCAAGGUGGUGGAGGGACAUUGGCCUCGCAAGCAAAUUAAACUUUGUCCGAGACAGAUUAAUGGAAUCUUUCUUUUGGGCCAUGGGAAUACUCCCUGAACCUCAAUUUGCUAACUGCCGUAAAAAACUCACUGAAAUAGCAAAGCUAGUCACAGUCCUAGAUGAUAUAUAUGAUGUCUAUGGUACUUUGGAUGAAUUGGAACUCUUCACAGAUGCUGUUGAGAGAUGGGACGUGAAUACCAUAAACACUCUUCCAGACUACAUGAUAUUAUGCUUCUUAGCCCUCUAUAACACUGUUAAUGCUAUAGCUUACGACAUCUUUAAAGAUCGGGGCGUAAAAUGUCUUCCUUACCUAAAAAAAGCGUUCUGUGAUAUGUUGAAGUGUUUCCUCAAAGAAGCAAAAUGGUCAAUCAACAAAGUGAUUCCAUCAUUCAACGAGUAUCUAGAAAAUGCUUGGAUCUCAUCCUCAGGCGGGAUUUUUCUUAUAUAUUCCUUCUUUCUUACCUGCCAAGACCAAGACAUCACAGAGCAAACACUUCAUUCUUUAACUAAUUACCAUGAACUCAUGCGUUCUUUAUGCACCAUUUUCAGGCUUAGCAAUGAUUUGGGAACAUCAACGGACGAGAUAGAGAGGGGUGAAACAACAAAUUCAGUAUUGUGCUACUUGCACGAAACCGGUGUUUCUGAAGAAAAUGCCCGUGAGUACUUGAGAACUUUGAUUGACAAAGCAUGGAAGAACAUAAAUAAAUAUCUAGUUAUGGACUCUACAUUCCCCAAAUCUUACGUACAAGUGGCCAUUAACCUUGCUCGAAUAGCUCAAUGCACAUACCAAUAUGGAGAUGGAUUUGGACGACCAGACAAUAAAUCAAAGAGUAGAAUCGAGUCAUUGCUAGUUCACCCCGUUCCAGUUAACGAGGCAUGAUGAUUUUUCGGUUCCCAUUUCCUUUUAGUUUCUGUUGGUUUAUAUAUAUAUACUAUCCUGUUGAAGUUGUGCAGAUCCUGUUGCUUGUUGCUGCUGUGAGUUAUUUUAGGAAUGUGAAAAUAUAUAACUGAACUUCAGGAUAAGUUUAUUUUUCUAUUUAGAUUUAUGUUUCUGUACUUUGUCUAAUAUACCAUGAUUCUAGGACCAGUACAAUCGUGGGCUGUUAUUUUAUCUUUCCGUUAGUUGUAAGGCUAUUUUAAAUAGCCAAGUUUGCUUUCUCAAAUCAAUAAGAAUAUAUACUCCUGAGUUCACUAGUGCAA